AUGCAUCCCGUCUUCGAUGACAUAUACUCUCCCAGAUCCGGCAAUAACAGAGACGUUUAUCAGCGCAGGAAAAGGAGGGACUCAGAUGUGGAGGUUUUGCAGCAACUCAUGCCUGACAGAGACAACUCCGCCAUUGAGGCGGCGCAAAGAACGAUAGCAGGUGACUCCAAAGGGCGCAGCAACGACUCACGUCGUAUCUAUCGCCCAAUGGAGGAACGAGCCCAGGCUGAUUCAGCUCGGAGUUUCAGUUCCCGAGUGAAGGAAGCAGGUAACGGAGCCGCUCCCGAGUCCGAGUCUUUCAGGAGGGACAAACCACGAACGAUCCCUUCCAUCGUGUCGGAGGCUGCGCAGGGCAGCUCUGCAGGAGUUCAUCCUCACACGUCCUCGAGCCCAGGUACGGAUCUUCGACACAAAGACCGUCUCCGCACUGAACAUGGAGUGCCUCGACAAUCACAGAGUCAUUCGGUUCUUGCAGAGCAGCACAGCUCUCCAGACUCACCCGAGUCCGGUGAACGAGAGGCCGGCUACAGUGUAACUCCCUUGGGACAUGGACGAGAAGUCGAGGUCCAGACAGGCCAGCAAUACUUGUCCGAUGACGAGGGAGAUGGUAAUCAACCUACUCAACGCAGGCAUUCACCCCCAACAGGGGGCUCUGCGACGCCACCUCCAAUUCGAAGAGCACAUCGAUACGUUGAUGACGAACCUGAAGGAGUGUCAACUUUUGGCGGUGGAAACAUGAAUUCGACUUCAAAGCCGCCGAUAAAGACCAGGCUUGAGGAGAAUGCUCGACCUCGAGCACCAUCAUACCAUCGUCGGCGCAGUCAAGGCAAGGAUCCCAGUUCGACUGGCCAAGAAGCUAAUCACCGAACGACCCGGACUCCUGCAUUAGACCACAUAAAAAAGUUCCAAGACAGUGAACAGCAGUUGCAGUAUGUGACAUCACCUCGUGCUCGUGACCCAACGCGGAGAGGCACACCUAAGCUCGAUUACGGUCGCGAUGACAGAGAGCGUGAACCUGAGACAGGACGUGAGGACUCGAUGAGCGGCCCCAUCGAUCUGCCAUCCACCGAGAGACGCCCUCGCGGCGAUCAGGGGCAUCCCAUGUCCAGCCACAGGGACUCGCGACAGAGUGACGGAUCAAGUCGCAUCGCAGAUUUCUUCAGCCCCAGCAUCUUCCAGGUCGUUCUGCAUAAUCCGACUACAUCGCAUCAGCUGCUCAAGUAUAGCGAAACGCAAGUCUGUAGUGAGAACGUGGAGUUCCUUGGAAAAGUCGAACAGUACCGGACGAUCGUCAACAGCUUGGCUGGUACGCUUGCCGUAAUACAUCGAACCUUCGUGUCCGAUCAGUCGCCAAAUCAAGUCAACGUGCCUGGGGGUGUUAUGAAGACGGUUCAUAACGAGAUGAAAUCCUUAGUCACCGUUACGCUCCCCUCAAUGGAAUCGCUCUUCAACGAGAUGCAGAACAAAAUAGAACAGCUAGUGUUCGAGGACAUUUACCCUAGAUUCGUGCGCUAUCAAAUGGCACUGAGUACGGCAAGGGCUUUGGCAAGCGAUCGUCAACGCUACCAGGGGUUAGGGGACUGCUUUUGUAUGACAAGUCCGGCGAAAGCAGACAACCCUAUCCUCUACGCUUCGGAUGGCUUCGUCAAAGUCACUGGAUAUAGCCGAUCUGAGAUCAUUCCUAGAAACUGCAGGUUUCUCCAAGGGUCUCAAACCGAUCGGCGCGCUGCAUAUCGGCUCAAAGAAGCUGUAAGACAGGACAAAGAAGCAGUUGAGCUACUGCUAAACUACACGAAGUCUGGGAAUCCGUUCUGGAACUUGCUAUACAUCGCACCGCUAUUCGACGAUUCUGGUGAGGUGGUAUUCUAUAUUGGGGGGCAAGUCAACUGUUCGACCACAGUGCACACUAAUGUCGAUGUGAUGAGGGUUCUAUCCAUGGCUGACGAAGAGCCCAACAUGGAGGACAUCAAAAACCAGACCAAGAGAUCGAGUGGCAAGAGCUUCAAGCCCAAGUCACUGCUCAAGACCCUCGGCAUCCACGUUGACGAGCAAGAACCCCCCUUACCCGUCCCGGGCGAGACGGGGAUGGAACAGAAGGUAUUGGACCGCAUGGAAGGGCACGACCUUCGGACGCAGAUACGCGAGUUCUACAGCGCGUACUCGAAGUACAUCAUCGCCCGCGCCGACAACUUUGUCAUCAAGUUCUACUCCGCAGGGGUUACGGAGACCUUGCACCCGGCCAAUCAGACCGGGGGCCCGCCGGUCGGACAGGAUAUUUUCCGUUUCUUCAAGCAGAACAUGCUUGCCCACCAGUCAGACUACAAGAACCGUGUGCGGAACGCCAUCCAGUCGGGCUUCCCCAUCAGCGUGGAGAUCCGGCUCCAGACCCGGCGCAGCGCCAUGUUCAGGGGCGAUGAGAGCUUCAUGACGCACUGGACUCCGCUCAAAGAUGAGGGUUCCGUCGUGCACUGGGUCGUCGUUACCUUUGCACCGAUGAUGAACUGA